AUGGCAGAACGGGGGUUUCGUGCAUCCAAGAAGCAAUAUAAAAACCGCAUCACCGCAUGGGGUCUCGAUAAGAACGUCAAGCGAGCUGAGGCGGAAGCGAUCCUGCGCGAACAUCGUCGACGGACCGCUCUAGGGCAGCAAUGCAUCUUUGUUUCGCGGGGUUGGCUUGUCGACGUGGCGAACCUUGAACGGUUUAACAAGCGUCUCUCACCAGAAAUCCGCAUCAUCGUCCUCCCCACCACCCUCUCCGCCGCCAUCACCGCCCCCUCCGACUACGAAACCCUUCGCGCACUAUUCCACUACACCUCCGUACUAUUCCACAGCUUCUUCGACCGAGACGUCUACACCCUCUCCUCCUCCCCACCCUCAAAGUCCGCACCCUCCUCUCCCCGUGCUCGCUCACCCAUCCGGGAACACCGACGCAGCAGCCUCCCGAACCUGACCUACCCAGCCAUGCGCAUCCGUCCCACUGAACUACAGCGGUCCCAUCGAGGAGAACGCCGGAGAACACCAGACUACAGAAGCCUCGACACGAGCUACGACCUCACCCUCUCCGCCCUCCAGCGCCUCCGCGAUGGCGAGUAUUACCUAGCAGGCCAGAUCUUGGAUCGUGCGUUUGCUGGGUUGGAUGAAGUCGUGCGGUCGGACCAUCCAAAUGGGAUCGGGGUGGUGAUCAAGACGGUAGGGGCUUGUUUUAAAGCUGGGUUCGGGGAGGUGGGUGGGAUGGUGUUGAGGUUUGUGGGGGAGUUGGGAAGGGUGAGAUAUAGAGAGGAGCUGGAGGGUGGGGUGAGCGAUCCGAGGGGGAGGCUCUAUGCUUUACUGCCGAAUGUGUUUGAGAGUCUGAUGGCGUCUUCUGGGUGUGAAAAGACUUCAGAUCAAAGGAUGCGAAGAGCUUCGACAGCGACAGCAGCAAAUGCGUCUCAGCCACCGUCUGAUCUGGCGACACCCAGCGGUAGGAAUAGCAGCGUGAUGCCGCCACCACCACGGCCAUCGCGAACAAAUCAGAAGCGCAGUCCGACACUCGCUCGUCCCUCUCGAAGGCCGACUAGCAGCGCAACGAACGCCGCCUCAACAACGCACCUCGUCGCAAUCUACGAGCUCUUCUGCCAGGAUCUAUGGCGCAAGAAGCGCCCAGAAGGGGCACU